CCUCUCUAUAAAUAUCAAGUUUCUUCUCUCAAUUCCUGCAACUCUCUUCAACAUUCCAUUUCAUUACUUCCAUCUUCUUCUCUUCCACUGCUCAAUAUUGAGAGCCAUGGUUGGGAACUUCAAUAGAACAGACAGCUUCAGAGAUAUCCCAGAUCUUGAAACAUCUCUUUCAAGCUCAGGGCAAGGUAUAGAAGCUCUGCACAUUCACAAGGUUUCUUUCCCACAGAGAAAUAAGGCUCUACAGGGCUUGAAGAAAGAACUAGGAGAGGUCUUCUUCCCGGAUGACCCUCUACAUCAGUUCAAAAACCAGCCACCUAAGAAAAAAAUACUUCUUGCGCUUCAAUACAUCUUUCCAAUUCUUCAAUGGGGUUCUGAGUACAAUCUCCAUCUGUUUAAGUCUGAUGCAAUCUCAGGACUGACUAUUGCUAGCUUGGCAAUCCCACAGGGUAUAAGUUAUGCCCAGCUUGCAAAUCUGCCACCAAUCAUUGGUUUAUAUUCAAGUUUUGUGCCGCCAUUGAUUUAUUCAGUUUUUGGGAGCUCGAGAGAUCUUGCAGUCGGCCCAGUUUCGAUUGCAUCUCUGGUAAUGGGAUCCAUGCUUAGAGAGGCUGUGUCUCCUGAAAACGAACCAACCCUUUAUCUCCAGCUAGCUUUUACUGCCACAUUCUUUGCUGGUCUAUUCCAAGCUUCAUUAGGCUUCCUCAGGUUGGGUUUCAUUGUGGAUUUCUUGUCGAAACCGACACUAAUUGGUUUCAUGGGAGGAGCGGCAAUCAUUGUAGCAUUGCAACAGCUUAAGGGAUUGUUUGGAAUUGUUCACUUCACAACUCAGAUGCAAUUUGUACCAGUCAUGCUUUCAGUUUUCGAACAUAGAACAGAGUGGGCAUGGCAGACUGUUGUCAUGGGCUGCGCUUUCCUAGGUUUGCUUUUGAUAACAAGGCAUAUUGGCUUGAGGAGGCCUAAGCUUUUCUGGGUAUCAGCAGCAACGCCUUUGGCCUCUGUGAUUCUAUCAACCAUCAUUGUCUUUGCUCUCAAAGGUCACAGACAUGGUAUCAAAUCCAUUGGGCACUUGCAGAAAGGUGUGAACCCGCCCUCUGCCAAUAUGCUAAACUUCCAUGGCUCCAACUUAGCCCUUGCAAUUAAAACAGGAAUUAUGACAGGAAUCCUAUCUCUUACAGAAGGGAUAGCAGUUGGUAGAACAUUUGCAUCUCUGAAAAACUACCAAGUGGACGGAAAUAAGGAGAUGAUGGCGAUCGGAUUAAUGAACAUGACAGGCUCCUGCACUUCAUGCUAUGUAACCACAGGAUCAUUUUCUCGAUCGGCAGUGAAUUACAAUGCAGGAUCUAAGACAGCAGUCUCUAACUUAGUGAUGGCAUCUGUUGUGCUCAUAACUAUGGUGUUUCUGAUGCCACUUUUCUACUACACUCCCAAUGUUAUAUUAUCAGUGAUCAUCAUAACUGCAGUCAUUGGCCUGAUUGAUUUAGCUUCUGUCAUCCGCUUAUGGAAGGUAGAUAAG